AUAACCAUUAGCAUGGUUAACCUUGUUAUGCAGUCAGCUGCUACAUUUUCAAUCGUGUCUUGUUUUUGUGUUGACAUUAAAACAGUUUGCAGAUGAUCCACUUGUUUCUUUGAACAGUCAGCAGGACAGGUGUUGGAUGGAAAAAGCUUGACAAGCUUUCUAAAAAUAAACACUUCUGAUUGGUGCUCUGCUGGUGGACUCUCUCGGGUCCAGGUCUCAGCUGUUUCAGAAUAAUUAAAAACAGCAGUGAGGUGGGCGGGGUUUGUGGCGUCUGAAGGAGGUUGAGCAGGCUGAAGGACAAGCUCACCUGUGGACAUCUUCACACAGAGCUGUGGACAACCUGUGGAGGACUUUGAUUGGACAUUUAGUCAGGCGCUGGAAUGAGUCGAUGGCAGCGUUCCGUGACGGGACUGGCAGCACGACGGAGGCAGCAGCAGGAAUGCGAACAAGUUCUUGAAGCCCUCAGCAGGGUCACUUCCUGUUUCCAGCAGCUGGUGGCGUCACUCGGCAGCUCAGCGGACUGCAGUUUCCUGCGAGAGGAAAUGGAUGAGAUGAGCAUGCUCGCAUGUCGCACCUGCACAUGUCUGUCCGGGUGUCUCGUCAAUCUGCUGUCAGACUGUAACUCUGCCCCCAGCACUUCAGAGGACAGACAGAGCUUGGAGCGGUUGUGGGUUCUUUUUGUGUCUCUGCUGGAGACCUUCCUGUCUGACCUGCAGAAAUCCAGCAGUCUGAUUGGACAGUUUCCACUGAUGCACAUAAACCACCGCCGUUCACUCGUCAGCACAGGAUGUGUCGAUGGUGUUGUGGGCGCAGCAACACGAGGGAUACUGGUUCAGGCUCCAUGGUUGUUGCUGGACAAGGAACCACACAUGACUUGGGUGACUGAUAUCGCAGGACUGGAGUCCAUGCUGAGCAACAUGCAGCUGAGGGUUCAUGUCCCAUUCUGGUCUGUGGAGGCAACGCAGCCAGCUGGUGCUGAGGUCCAACGGGGCCUAGAUGAGAUGGACUACAGUCUGGAGGACCUGAUGGAGCUCGAUGCCAUCUCCCAUACCAACAGGAGGGUUACCUGUUGUGGCCUGAGCUGCAUAGAGUAGGCUGAGAGUCCUCCUGGAUAUAAACCGCAAGUCCAGAAAGGAAGAACUCUCCUUUAGUGUAUAUCUGCAUUCAGUUUUUUAGUGUGCCUAAAAAUGUGCUCUGAGAUUGUGAGGAACCACCCAGGUAUAGGUCCUGGACUCUGUACAGACAACUGCAGGCACUUUGUGAUGGACAGUUGUAGCAGCCAAUGAGAAGUGCUGACUGAGUGACAGGAUGUUGGACGGCGUGUGGAAAUCAAGUUUGGGGAGAAGUGAAGCCUCCUAAGUUUUUCCUCUGGUGAUAUUUUUCAGUUAAACCUGCCAACAAACAUGAAUUUAAAACUAGAAGUGUAACUUUAACCCACAUUAAGACAAGUUUUUAUUUCAGACUUCAUCCACUCCAGUUUGCUGAAUUAAGGAUUAGAACCUACCAAUGGCCUCAUAUCACUUGUUCUAUUCACACAUUGUUAUUGUGGUUCAUGUUGGUUUAACAGUGUUGUUGAUUUGUUGUGUUUCGUAGUUCAGUUGGUUUAGUCAGUUUGGUUGAGUGUCAUGUUGUUGUUACCAUAUGUGUGAAGUGUCAUGUUUGAUGACCGCCAUUGCCUCUGUCUUGUUAUAUGUAAAAAUAACAGAACCUCCUUGUGGCAGAGUGCAGAAAAGACAAAAGCUCUGGCUCUGUGUUCUUUCUUUCAUGCAGCUCGCCACACUGUUAUUAUCAUUAUUAUUAUUUAAUAGGCUUCACUGUGCAGUUAAAUCAGUUCUCUCUACCCCAGACUUUUACACCUCACCUGUGGAAUUGAGCACGAAGAAAACCCACAUGAGUUUUGUCUUCACAUAAAAAUACAAGUGUCUUCAAUUUUAUAAAGUAAAGAUUUGCAUG